UUGAAGCAGGAUCAAAUAAUUGGUGCGCAUGCGUGCAGACUGAUAAGGAUUUAAUUCUAGAUCAGUACAAACGGAUUGUGACGGUGAGCUGCAUUCAUAAUGAUUCGGGGGGAAUACGGAAAUUGAUUGCUGUUUUUUGUGGAGAAGCUGAGAUUCCCUUGAGGCUGUGCAGGGCCAGACUGGUCACCAGUCCGCCAGCCCUGCGCACACACACUGCUCCCAGUUUGUGUCUGUCAACCUGCUAACUCGCAUCUCCUGCUGAUCGUCGCGUCAGGGUGAUAACACUUGGAAGCAAGUUCUGAUGUGGCAAGCAAACUGCAGACGAAUGCAUAAUUUAGCAGACUGGAUUUCCGGGACAGUGAUGGGAGGCUGUGUUGGGAGGAGUAGGAUGGAUGGACAAGGGAGUGCCCGAAGCUCGACCAGAACUAAAAAACGUGGAGAGGGUGCUGUUACAAGAGAGAUGAAAUGUGGGCGCAAUGAGCCCCUAAAAAAGGAGCGUCCAAAGUGGAAGAGUGAGUACCCGAUGAUGGAGGGCCAGCUGAGGAGUAAGAGGGAUGAGUUUUGGGAUACGGCUCCUGCCUUUGAUGGACGCAAAGAGAUCUGGGAUGCACUCAGAGCAGCAGCCCUGGCUGCAGAGUGCAAUGACCUGGAGCUAGCACAGGCUAUAGUGGAUGGAGCCUGCAUCACUCUGCCACAUGGCUCUCUCACAGAGAGUUAUGAUGAACUGGGCAACUGCUACCAACUUCCAGCCUACACUUUAGCCCCGCCUGUCAACCUCAUCUCUGAAACGUCCAGUGAGAACAAAGUAUCUGACUCCACACAGAAACAAGCUCAACCCCCUCCGUGCAGACAAGAGUUCCAGCUGCGAGUGCGAUUGUCAACAGGAAAUGAUGUGCGUCUGACCGCCAGCAUGGCGGAUUCCAUCGCUGAGCUAAAGAAACAGUUGGAAGAACGAGAAGAAAUUGACGUGACCCGCCAGAGGUGGUUCUUUUCCGGGAAGCUCCUGACUGACAAGACUCGUCUUCAAGACGCCAAGAUCCAGAAAGACUUUGUCGUUCAAGUGAUUGUCAAUAUGAACCCUCAAGUCAUAGCUAAUUGAGGAGGGAGACAAAGGGCUAUGAAGAGGAGAAAAUAUAAGGGACAUGCCAGAGAGGAGGGCAGGAAUAGGAGUAGGGUCUGAAAUCAUUUUCCAGUUGGCACUGCAGUGUAAUUUUGUGUACAUUUUUAUACAAGAAAUUAUUGCUUUUAUAUUGCUCCUUUUUGUAAUUUUCCCUUUUUCCAAAUUAAGUCUAUUGAAAAGCACUUUAGAUCAAAAGUAGAGUCCUAAAAUGCACAUCCCAGUGUCUGUCUGUCUGUGUGGACAUCAAUUCAGAGCUCUAUUGUUUACACAGGUCUCCCUCCUUACCAUGUGUGUUUGUACUAAACUGAAUAUGUUGUUUUUUAAAUUAUUUUUUAGAUUUAUGUCAUGCGAUUUGAGAAGUAGAGAUGACGGAAAACUUUAGACAAAAGAAAAAAAAUGUAAAUGUCAGUUUCCAUAAGUGUUGUUUGGUCAUGUAACUAUGUGCACACUACAUUUUACAACUUCACAACUCAUAACAAAAGCGGAAGAAAAUGGAUGGAUGGAACUCAUUACAAAGACACACAUUUAACAAAGUCACCUUUCUAAAAGGUAAUGAGAAAUGAUUUGUUUUUUUUAUUUCAUCACUCCAAACAAGUUACUGUAGUAUUAUGUACAAUAUGAUGCUCACUGUACUUGAAUAACUUAUUAAUAAAAAAAUUAAAACCAU